GUCCUGUCCGGGUGUGAUAAGAGCAGUUGACAGCGUGAGGUGCGACCACUAGGUGGCAGCAUUAUAGCGGGGAAAGAUCCAGGCAGCAGAGUAGCCCUGUGCAGUUUGACAGCAGAUAGAGACACACACAGGGACAGGAGGAGAGGAACAAGACAAACUGACCAGGAGGAGAACAUCGCCCUAGGACCAUCUCCAUUGGGGAAUGGGUUUCAGAGAGGACCCCCAAGGUAAGGAAUCUUUAAACUUUUAGCAGCUUUCUGUCUGUGGACACCCAGGGUGCUGCAGUGGCUCAGGUUAGUGCACCUUACAGAGGGAGGGCCAGGAGGGGGCAUUGUACUGCCAGGUGACAGAGUGACAGCCAGGAACUGACAGGAGAAAUGUUGGUUAUAAGUGUAGAAAUGACAUGGCCCCAUAAUAUGUGAUGUAGGGUCGUUGUAGGGAGUACAUGACGUUCUGUAGAAAUGGGGUAUUUAUACAAAGUUUCAGCCAUUGAGGUCACUGUGGAUUUUAACUUACACCACCGCCAGACGCAGCCUGUGAGUGACAAACCUCCAAUAUACAUGGUCUCCUGAAUGGCAUACUGAGUUAGUGCCCUGAAAUGUGGUGUUAACUCUUUCAGCGCUGGGGGUUGGGAAGGCUUUUAACACCCAAACAGGAAGAAACGAGUUGUAUCAAUUGGUUUGUCAGAAGUCUAGCGUGUUGACAAAGCAUCUUUAACCAUUUCACUGCCAGAUGAUAAAGGAUCUGAGACAUGGCUCAUCCCUCUGGCACUCAAAGGGUUAACUAUUCUUCGUAUGACUGAGGUCACAGUAAAGAUGAAGGGUAUUACCAGAAAAGUCACUUUAUAUUGCACAGUGUGCGUUAGUGGCUUUGUUGAAAUCUCUUUACACAAAUCGGAGCUUGGCAUGCCAGGUGUUUUUGGACUACCUAUCCCACAAUGCUCAGGCUGCCUUACUCGGAGCAUCAUGGGAUAUGUUGUUUAGAAGCAUCUAAUGUGCCAAUGCUUAGGCCAUAAAAGCCAUAGUAUAAGCUGGUUAAACAGGAAGGGGUAGGGAUAGUGAUCUGAUAUUUCAUGAUUUCAUUUUUCCUCCUCAUUUGAAAAUCAUGGCAUUUAAAGUAAACAGGGUCAAGUUCAGUUAUUGUGUGUGGGCGGAUGUGCCAGUACGACAAGAGAGUCAUAAUUCAGUUAGUAAGUGGAAAACAAAAACAACACACACACACACAGGAAAAAAUCCGUAUUAAGUUAUAUAUGCAUUUACUUUGGGGUUUAUUCACCAAACAGCGAAUCGCAAACUUUAGCCUGAAAUUAGCCAAGCUGUGACUAUACCCGAGUUGGACAAUGUUUCCAAAUAAAUGAUCAGACUAAAGUUUACAAUUCGGUUCCCAAUGCAGCAGAAUGUGCUGUCUAGUUAGCAGCCCCCAGGAUUCGAUCGAAUCAUCUUCGAAACAAACACAGUGUAUCAUUCUGUGCGGAUCACACCGGGCUGUAACAAUGCAGAUCAUCUCACAGCCUUCCUAGCAAGGAUCCUACAGGCAAUGUAUUCACACCCAAAUGGAUCGUGUAGUUGGCAACAUAAAAUCUAAUAAAAUGCAUCAUAUAAGUGACUGCCAACCCCUCUCUGUGGGCGGGUAGCCCUCAUCAUAUUGUCAGUCACAGUGCUGUAAAUAUCCCCAGAUUAAUAAACAGAUAAUAUUAUUGUGCACACACAGAUUGUAUAUGUAACUGCUGAUUAUUAUAGAUAUACUACACACAAUGUCCCCCCCCAAAAGAUGUGAUUUUUGUCCUUGUUACAAAUGCUUGCAGAUAGCGAGAUAUUGAAAUAAGUGCAGGUCCCCAGGGACUCCCCAUCGUACCUCCCCAACACUGAGUGAUGGAGGGAGAGGCUUCCAGUCUGACACUCAUCUCCAGCCUGAUGUUAAAGGACUAAAUUGAAAGCUGCUGGGGGGGAAAAAAGCAGAGGUCGCUGUCUCUUUAAGAAAAAGUUUUCUAUGUGUGUGAAGUUCAAGUUGGGGUCAGUCGAAGUUCCUGCCCUGGAUUUUACCUUGUAGUUUAAUAUAGCUACACAUCACAUGGGGCGCUAACAGCCUCGGCUCACAGAGAGCCCUUUCUCUCCCCAACAUUGCCUGAGCUCACCAAAAUAGCAGAGGAAAUUGCUAAAAUAAAAAGCAGAGGAAACUGAUGCUGGGCCCAGCACGUAUUAAACAGAGGAAGAGCCUGGGCCCUUUUUUUGGCAAUUAAUAAAAAAAAAAAGAAAAAAAGAGAGAGAGAGAGAGAGAGAGAGAGGGGGCUGGCAGAAGAUCCAUGCAGAGUUGGCACAUUGGAUGGGAGGUUGGCAGCUGGAAGCAGAGCUCAAUGUGAGAGGCUGGGGAUGGUCACUCAUACAGACAUCAGCUGCUUGGACACCACUUGGUACCCAGGUAAUGGGGCAUUCUGGGGGGCAAGGGGCACACGGGCUGGUAGCAACCAAUGAAUGGGCACUCUAGAGUAAGAGGGGGGGGGGGAGAGAGAGAAAUUCCAGGUUUCCGGUGCUGUGGCUUAUAGUUCUUGUUUCGCUAUAAGGCUGGCUGAGGAUAUUGGGAUUGGUAGUCUAUGAUAUCCAAUUUGCUAAUCAGAGAUUGUGUUAGUUUAUGCGCAGUGCGAUGGUAAUGGGCGUUAUUUAGGGGUGAGGUAGAAGCCGUUACAAGGGGCCGGAGAGAACAGAACAGCAGAAAGUUAAUUUAGGAAAAUGGGCGAUAGUUUAAACUCUAAUUAUAUAUUUUUUUUUUGUAUAUUUUUAAAUUAUUAGGUGCCAAAUUGUAAUAAUUAUCUGUGUCAGUGCUGUUAUGAGAUUACAUCCCUGGCCUGACACAAAUUAAAAUCACCUGGAAGUUUAAAAUCAAAAAGUUUUGUAUAGGCAGCUCUGUGAUCAGAGAUCUAUCAUCAGAUCUAAUUCGAAUUAAACCCCACACAUACCAGGCGACCACUUAGAAAUAUUAGAACAGUAGAUUUAUUACGAAUUCUCUACAUGGGGGGUCAAGAUUAGAUUUUUUUAAAUUGGGCUUUUAGACACCUCCAUCGUAAGAGCAUAGAAACGGUUAAAGCGCUACAAUGUUGCAGGUAUAACCUGGCUGUUUCGAAUUACCUUGAAAUACGGGGAGUACAGACGAAUUGGUUUUACCUGCUUUGUUGACAAAUGAUCCACGGGUCCAAGCUUGAUCCUACCUGGUUCUAAAUCUCUCUCCCGUCUCGGAGAAAAUAAAAGUGUUUUCCAAUGAGUUUCUGUGUGUAACUGCUUCAGGAGAACUUGGCCAAUCCCACCCCAGUGCUGAGCAGCUGCUUUUAAUAAGACAGAGCCGGGCUACAUUACAGCCCUUAAUCCUUUAUUGCUAAAAGGAACCUUCAUUGUAUCGCAUGGAACGAGUUAAUUGAGCUGGACUCUCAGACUUUUAACCCUAAUCCUAGCACCCUGUCUAUCUGUGUCAAACAUUGAGCCACACAUGGGUUGCAGUAUUUACCAAUAUACUUGGUUGCUUGACAUAUCGUUGAAGCUAAUUCUAAUGUUAAAUUAAUCUUUAUUUAUAGGGAAGAUUAACAUAUUUAAAUCUUCUUGGAGAAACAUGACAAUCUUUCAGUUGUAUCACCUUCAGAGGAUAAGGUCACAGUUUAGAUCUGUCAUUCCUACUCUGACUACAGGUUAACAGACAUUGUCCAAACAAAUAAUUUUAAAAAUGGUCAAUUUAGCAUUCUUGCUUGGAUUGUGGGGUUAAUUGGUGUGUGCAGUAAAAUUAGUGUUUCAAAUAGCCUACUUCCUUCUUAUCACAGCAAGUCUUUUAAACAUGCAACAAGUUUUAGGCGAGAAAUAAAAUUAAUAUAAUUGAGACUUUCUUUUGUUUAAAAAAAUAGUUUGUAUCUACUUUAUAAUUGAUCUCUUUGCCUGGGACAUUAUGCUAAUUAUGUAAGUAAUUAUAGGUAUUGAUUUAAUAGCUGCAAAAGCCAUACAAUUCAUUAUAUUGAGAUAAUUACUAUUAUGUUAUUAGUUUCGAUAACAAUUUCCAAUUUUAGUUUAAACUAAUUAUAAUUUAUAUAAAAUAAAUCGUGCCGUGGCUUUGUAAGAAACGAAUCAUAAACCUUGUAACUUUCUAUAUUAAAAUAUAUAUAUAUUUCCUUUUUAUUGAAAAUGUGUUUCUUGUUUGUUGGUCCCAAAGCUGAAACUAUUUUCGUAGAAAUAGGGAUUAUAAAAAAUAGAAAAUCCCAUUAGAUAUAACUUUAGAGUUAAAAUAAGUUUUGUAUUUUUAUUUAGCAGAACUGUUCAUUCAAUGUCAAAAUGCUAGUUUUUUAUUGAUUUUUUUUUAUCUUGAAAUUUAUUUAGUGUAAAUAAAAUAGAUUAAAAAAAAUGAAACGAUCUAAAGUCACACUUCCAAGGGGCCAAAUAGAGGUGAAUAAAGUUUUUGGGUUUUUUUCCUUCUGAACAUCAUUCUCUUAAUAUUUGACACCUGUCUAAACAAUUGGUUAUUUUAGGAAACUAAUCAUUUUAAAUAAAGUAAAAAUUAUUUCAGAUCUAAAUAUAAAACCAAAUUAAAAGAAAGUUAUAGGUGUGUUCUGCAGAAUUUUGAGGAUUUACAUCCUUACGGUCAUAAGACACCAGGUAGCCUUACUGUCUAAAGCCCACUCUCUCCCUUAUCAAAUCUUAUCUUAUCCAGUAAACAUGUCUCAAAUAAAUCAGUGUCUCCCUUUCAGGCUGAGUUCUUGGGAGUGAAACAGUUUGACACUUCAGCCUCAUCUCGCUACCUGUAAGGAAAUCACAGGAAUUAGGAGAUCCUGGGGGUCUAAGAUUUCACUAAUUAGAGCUUUCAGCUGGCCAUGCCUUGUCAUAUCAUGCCUGGAUAUCCCUUUGGAUGUGGUCAAAGUCUAGUUCUGUGUAAGGUCAGGAAUUGUUCAUUUUAAUAGUGGUCCCUUUGAAAUACUUGCAACAUCCUAAGCUACUUAACACCUCAUUAUAUCUUAAUAUCCUACCAGGUUUUUCAGUGGAGGGAGGUGAGACUGAAGGAAUGAGUUUUUUUUUUAAACUUUACAUUCCUCCUCCCCCCAAUCUUAUUUAAUAUAAAAUAUAUAUUUUUUUAAUUUAUAAACUAAUUGUUAUAAUUUAAUAUAAUAAUGGCUGAAUAUUAUUUUCUCUGAACCUCUUUUUAUAAUGUGACACCUGUCUGACUGCCUGGCCCCUGAUGUGUUUGAUGGGUGUCUGUCCUCUGACAAGUUACACCUCUGUGGGGCGGCCGCUGGGUGGCGCACUGUCCAGAAGGGAGGCUACUGGACUAAAAGGUGGUGGCACAUGUCAGUAAGAUAAAAAAAAAGAUGGGGGAGGGGGUAUCUGUCUGAAUGAUGGUUCCUGAUAUGGGGUUUUGCAGCUGGAAGCUGAGGCAGUGAUGUCACUUUCUUAAAAUGCCUACAAGGGUUUUUAGCCACCCCCAGCCUCAUCUUUGAGGAGAAUAAAAGCUGUAUGUAUACAGGGAAAGGUGGUACAAGCCAGCCGAUGCAAUGAGACAGAAGGGUGGGGGAUUUCAACUGUUACUGUCGCAGGCUCACAGCAGAUAUCCUUUACUCCAUCAUGGAACCCCUCCUCAAGCAGGUACUCUCAUAGGAUGUGUCCCAGUUCCAGGGUGCAUGGAUUGCUGGAUGGAAUGGAUCAGUGUGGGCAUUGCUACAAUAGUGAAAACUUACAUGGCUGAUAGGUGAUGAGAGCAGUGAUACAUUUGUCAACGUUUCGCUCUUAGUUCCAUUCUGUUUCCACUGGCCUGUAAUUCGGGUUAAACGCAUCCUUUAUCUGUGUGCGUAUACAUGUGCAGUGCGAUUUGAAUGUAUGUGCAGGUGUGUACGGUUUUUUUUAGAUUUAUUUUAUUUCUAAAAGUUUUAAAUCAGUUUUAGAAAUUUCUAUUCCCCCCCCAAAUUCUGUGAUAGCUGUAAUUUAAAUGUGAGAUUGUCUAGCUUGUAUUUUGCACAUUCACAUGAAAAAGUUAAGUUUGCAAGUUUUAAAAAAAGAAAAGUGCUCUUUACCGACGGAGGAGGAAAUUGUAUAUACAUUAUUAGCCUAAUCACUGACAUGUGAACCAUCCACCGAGGUGUUUAUUUGGGUUUCAUUUAGCACAAAUGGUGACAGCUGUGCGGGCUUAUUAAAAGGAAACUCGUGCAAAUUUGAGAUACUCGGAGAUAUAGCAUUAAUUCUAUUACUAGGAAAUGGUACAAUAAUUGCACAUUGGUGUUUUUUUUGUUUUUUUUAAUUAACUGCUAAAUUUAGUUUCACUGAAAAUCCGGUAUUUGGAAAAACUCUAAUUUGUGGGUAGAGUCCUUUUUAACCCCUUAAGGACCAAGCUUCUGGAAUAAAAGGGAAUCAUGUCAUGUGUCCUUAAGGGGUUAAACGGGUUUCAGUGCACUGCAUUGCAGGCCCAGUGGAGCUUCCAGUGACAAUUCUGAGUUUGGGUGUAAAUUUUUCUAUACUACUGGGGAGGGAUGGGAUCUGCCUUGUGCCCAUCUCUGCCAACAGAUGUUUUGGAAGUUAGUGAAAGUUACAUUGUAACCAUGCAGGAUAGAUUGUUUAAUGAGUGUUACCAUUGAUUGUGGUCCUGUGCUAGGCAUUGCUGUCAUAAGGAUUCUGGCUCCAGCCAUCUCCCUGAUGGAGAUUGAAUUAUGUGUGCUAUGUUCUGGAGGCGAUGUGUUUACUUUGCAAAGACUGGGAACUAGAUAACAAGAGCUGCAGCUGGGGAGAAAUAAUCAAGAGAAUUAGAUCCCACUUAGGAUAUGUCACUGAUUUCCCCCAAUCCCCUCCCUCAUUCCACUGCAUUUGCACCCACACCCAGGCAUAGAACAAGCAGUCAUUGGCACAGGGUUCUCUCAAUCCUCUGCCCAGUAUCUACCCAGGGGUCAUAUCUAGCAAGGAGUCUCCAGAUCAGCUCCAGGAACUCAGGGAAUGUAGAUGUCAAGGGUCUGUGUGCUUGUCAUUUCCCUAGUAUUGUCUGCUAGUGCUAACAUAGGGCUGUCUGUGCUGACAAGUGGGCUUUGUUCACUAAACAGCGAAUCCUAGUGAAUUGAAAGUUAUAAAUCUGCUUUUAGCUCUCAUUAAAUUGCCCAGGUUUUAUCUGCUGUAUCUCUCCAUAUUCAUUAUUUAGAGAAGGGAUUAGCCAGAAGGCCCCAUUGCAAGUGUCAAGCUAAGCAUUAUCAAUAUAUAUUGGGGAUUUAUUGUAUUAAUACAUAUUUGGAAAAGUACUAGGGUUUUAUUUAAGAAUUUCUCAUGACGGCUUUUGGAUAUUUCUGUAAGGCUUUAUUUACUAAACAGUUCAUUGUAGCGAAUUAAAAUUCUGAUGGCAAAAUUCUUCAUCCCAGCUAGUAUCACAGCUUGGCUGCUUUUUUGCCAUUUUAAUUUGUUUUCUAUGAGUUGGAGUUUAGUGAAUAAACCUCGUAAAGUACUAAAAAGGCAUUUCCUAUGACUGCAUUGAACAGUGAAUUGAAAACAAAACCGCAAAAUUUAGGGUUAAAUAGCCUAGUUGUCACUUAUAGAGGAGUUGGAUAAUUUUUUUGCAAAUCAGCACUUUGUCUAAAUAUAUGUAAAUUUUGCUAAUCUUAUGCCAAAGUAGUCAAAUUGGAAGAAAAAAAUCGCUGAUCUAAAAUGUGAAAUUUUCUUACAAUUCACACCAAUUUCACUUUUAAGAGAAUUAUACCAUCAACAGAAAGAAAUGUAUGAGAUUAUAGGGUGAUGUGUUCGUGAGGGGUCUCUCCUAUUAAUGGGUAAAUACCUCUGCUUUUCCCUGCCUUGCAUAUACCUCUAUAAUGGCAUUCUAAUUGUCUUUUUGUAUACAAGUAUCUGUAUGUAGAUAUAAAUGUGUCAUAUUUGUGUUUUCUGAAGGUGGACAACUGAACACGAUGCUGGAUGCUAUGGAGGUACCAAGUCAUUCAAGACAACUCCUUCUUCAACUCAACAGCCAGAGGACUAAAGGCUUCCUCUGCGAUGUGAUCAUUGUGGUACAAAAUGCCCUCUUCAGGGCUCACAAGAACAUUUUAGCUGCUAGUAGUGUCUACUUGAAGUCACUGGUUGUUCAUGAUAACUUGAUCAACUUGGACCAUGAAAUGGUCAGUCCCAGCAUCUUCAGGAUAAUACUAGACUUCAUCUACACAGGAAGACUUGGAGACGGGGAGCCAACAAGUGAGCAACUGUUUGGGGCCGUGUUGGCUGCCGCCAGCUAUCUUCAGAUCUCAGACUUAGUCUCUCUGUGUAAGAAGAAGCUCAAGAGGAAUGGCAAAUACUGCCAUGUAAGGAACACAGGCUACUCUCCUUAUGGAAGCCUGGCCAGAGGGCUGAGAGCUGCCACUCCAGUUAUUCAGUCCUGUUUCACCUCUACUCCAAGACCUGUAGACCUACCACCAGUGGAGCCAGUGAACCCCAUAAACACUCACUGUGGGGAGCUAUAUGCCUCUGUAUCUCAGGCCAAUCAGCUGCAUCAGCAUGGACUUUGCCCACCUGAAAGGCACUGCUCCCCUUUAUGUGGCCUUGAUCUCUCCAAAAAAAGUCCAAACAGACCUUCUGCCCAACACCACUCAGAUGGACUCAGUGCAAGUGACAGCAGGGAGCCUACCAUAUCUGGGAGACCUGACAGCCCACCAGUAAGUGCCAGUGUUCUCACCAACCACAGCUCCUAUAAAGACCAGACCCAUCCUUACCAGAAGCUGGACAGUAGUGACCAACAAGCAUCACACCCUGAGCCCUUCAGAACCAGUGUCACCCAAGACACCCCCAGCAGGACUGACCCCCAGGAACUGAUGUUCCGCUGGAUGAAACAUGAGCCUCUGGGAAGCUAUGUGGACGAGAGUGACAGAGAGAAAGACCUAGAAAGGGAUGAUAAGGGAGAGAACUCCCCCUUAUCCCAACAGCCCAGGUACCCCAGCAUUGAAAGCAAUGAGCCAGAUGAUGACAAAAGCACAAGUGAGGAGACUGGAAGCAGUGGAGACCCCUCCCCUUCAGCCAACAUGGAGAGAUACCACUGUAACCAUCUAGGCUAUGAGCCUGAGAGCUUUGGAGACAACCUAUAUGUCUGUAUCCCCUGUGGCAAAGGGUUUCCCAGCUCAGAGCAACUCAAUGCUCAUGUGGAAGCUCACAAUGAAGAGGACCUUUACCAUAAAGAGAGCAUGGACACACCUGUGCCAUUCUUGGACAAGUCCAGCCAGGGCUUGGGGGACAUCAUCAGACCUUACCGCUGCUCCUCUUGUGACAAGUCCUACAAGGACCCAGCCACUCUGAGACAACAUGAGAAGACUCACUGGCUCACUCGUCCUUACCCCUGUAGCAUUUGUGGUAAGAAGUUCACCCAGAGAGGGACUAUGACUAGACACAUGAGGAGCCACCUUGGACUGAAGCCAUUUGCCUGUGAUGCUUGUGGUAUGCGCUUCACUCGCCAGUACCGCUUAACUGAGCACAUGAGGAUCCACUCAGGGGAGAAACCAUAUGAGUGUCAGGUGUGUGGGGGCAAGUUUGCCCAGCAGAGGAACCUCAUCAGCCACAUGAAGAUGCACACCACUGGACCAGAUGGGAAACCCAAGCUGGACUUCUCUGACAGCGUCUAUGCCAUGGCCAAGUUCACUGCAGAUCAUCUUGGCUUAAAACAAGAGAAAGCAGCAGAAAUUCUAUCCCAGACCUCACAUUUCCUCAAUGAUCCUAAAACCAUAGAAAGCCUAUACCCUCUGGCCAAAUUUACAGCAGAGCACUUAGGACUGAGCCAGGAGAAAGCUGUGGAAGUCCUCAGCCAGAGUCAACAUCUGGCCAACGACAGCAGAAUCAUAGAGAGGUUCUCAUCGCCUUAAUGUAUUCCUCACCUUGGGUGUGAACACUUUGGUUGCACAAUGAUCCAUCAAGUAAAAAAUAAGACUCCUAUGUGAACCUACAAACCAAUUAUCAAACAUUACCAAAGAGCUCGCUCUACAGAACUUUUCCUUGGCUGUAGAGAAGCUUGAACCAUGCAAGAGCCAAAGACCUUUUUAGUGGCAGCUUUAAUCUGUGAUACCUGUGUGACAAUGAGGAGAAGCGCACUUUGGUAAUGCACUUUCUGAGGGACUUGUGCAAGUGUUCUACUGCACUAUCCCCACAGGAGAGAAGUGAGUCCAUGUAUCCCUUCAGUAUGUACCCAACCUCACCACUGCUUCAAGGUAUUGGAGAGAGUUGCUGCUUUAACUGUGCCAAAAAUAUGGCUGGACAUUUAUUUUGAUACCUUAAUAUUUUUUUAUGUUAUGUGUUGUGUGAGGGGACUGUCAGGGACACAGAAAUCAGUAUUUACCAAAUAUAAUAACUAUGCAAUAUUAAGGGUUCUGAAAGUCUCAGAGAUGGCAAACUUUGCUGUUUACGUUUUUUUGUUUUUCUUCAUUUGGGAUUACCCCUUUGAGUCCAUGCCCAACAUGCAAUAUCCAUAUUUAAUAUCUAGUGGCAAAGUGUAUGAUCAUUAUCCAAUACAACGGAUGUUUACUGCAAACCAAGAUCUAGUCUUUGCACAGCUAUCAGUCUUUCUCCUCUCAAUGACAACUUUGAAGACUUCAAGUGACACAAUUCACAAUAAAAGUGACUGAGGCACAAGUUGGGCCAGUCAUAUAGAUCUAGUGUCUCAAGCAUCAUGUGCAGAUUUUGAGACUUGUUUCCAAACUGCAUACAAAAUAAGUGGCAUAGCUCAGGGCUGGGCACAGUGUGGAUCUCCAGCUGUUGUGGAACCACAACCCUCAUGAGGCUUUGUAAGAUUUAAGUAAAAUAUUACCGCAGGAUGGAGACAAAAAUAAUGCAAAUGAUGCACUAAUCUGAGCGUUAAGUACUUCAUUAUGUCCAUAUCAGAUCAGCUGUGGGUGUAUAGUCCCAGAACAGGGGCCAUUACAGGGAACCUCCCUAUCAGAGCAAUACCAAUAAAAUCCCUAGUUUCCCAAACUGCCUCCCACCCUAUCAUGGUGUGGGGGCACAGGCUGGGGGGUGGCAGUGAUACUGAUUUCUGUUGUCUGCACUGUGUAUGGUUUCUGUUGUAUGAAUCAGCCUAUAUUGCAAGCACUGAGUGAGUGCCUUAAUUAAUUAAACUGAUUGGGGCCUGUGAGACUAUCACAGCAAUAAACCAAACUUUAUUUCACCAUAAUAAUGCUGAUCAGCUGUUUUGAGCUAUUAAUCCUUUUCGUGCCAAAGGGGUGGCAUUGCAUGCAUUGUACUCGACAGGUUAAAUGCAAUAACCCUUAUUCAGCUAGGUGAAACCAAAGGGUUCAUCCCAAAUGUUGCACCAGUCAAGGUUGGUGCGCAAAUAGAAGAUAUAUAUAUCUUAAUAAUGCUGGUAUGAGUAAUGCUCUAUCCCAGGGGUAGGCAACAUUUUGGCACCCUAGAUGUUGUGGACUACAUCUCCCUUGAUGCUUUUGCGAGCAUUAAGGGAGACGUAGUCCACAACUUCAGAAGUGCUGAAGGUUGCCUAAUCCUACUCUGUUCAUUCCUGUACAUGGUUUGGUUGUGAAGACGAAAGAUUAACCCUUUGCCUGACAGAGAGAUGUAAAUGACACACUGGCAGGGCGAGAAACUCUAUGCUUAGACACACCUGUAAAUAGAAGCUGUAACUUUAACUGAAAACCAAAGAAACCAGCAGCUUUUGGGUUAAACCUUUUCACUAACUCAUUGUUUGCCGGUAACUGUCUUAAAUCAGUUAGAAAGUCCUGUCCUCAGUGUUUUUAUAGCAGUAGGCUUUAUCUCCCCUACCAUUGCUGUAUUUAUUCAUGUGAACAGAUCUGGCUAAUACGUUAUGCGAAUCACAGCUCCUACAAUGCUCAGCCAGCCAGGAGAAUGUAGCCCAUACAAUCCAUGUCACAUUGAGACCUUUCCAGGGUGGAUCAGUGGGUUAUGUUUGCAAUAUCAAUCCAAUAUUCCAGAUCAAUACAUUUAGUGCUAUAGAUUCCAUGACCCAUUCCCUGUCGGCUGUUUAAACUGCGGUUCCACAUCCUCUAACAUCAUAGGAUUUGUUUGCAACAAUGUGGUCAGUCAGCUGACUGUAUAUAGUUAACCCUUUAGUUCGUGACAGGACAGGAAGGGUGCAAAAAAACAAAGUUGCUUCCGAAUUUUAUGAUCUAUUAUUUUAUUAGAAGAUAAUACGCUCGUUCAGUCCAGGAUGUGGGCAUAUCAGUAGCUGUACAGAUGGCAGUAUAGCAAUACCUUUGUGAAAUUAAAUUUACCCUUUGCCAACCAGUCUGAUGCCAGUCUUGCCCCUUCAGGGUAUAGUUACACUGUCAUGGGGUAUCUAGGAGUCCAGAUUCAUAAAAUGGCAUCAGUUCUAUCACUCGAGAACACAGGGCAUAAAUAAAGGGACAGACAAAGGAUGGUUCACUAUUUGAAGAAUUCAAAUUCGUGUAGAAUCUAUUUAAGUUAAUGUGGAAAUUAAAAAGGGGAGUUGUUAAAUGUCUCAUUCAGACUAAUGGGAUUAGUAAAUUGUUAACCGGACCAAUGGUUUGAGAAAGUAUCAGUUAAACCAAAAAUGAACCUUUUCUAUUUAUCUCUGAAAUAAUCUGCCCAGGCAUGGUGCAGCCUGUAAUGUCACUCACACUGAUGAUACAUAGUGACCUAGAGAGAAUAACCCAGGUUUGUAGAAUGCAUCUUCCAUCAGUGAUGGCUGAGCUUGGCACUCCAGAUGUUUAUCAUGAACUACAUUUCCCAUGAUGCUCAUGGCAGGCUGAGCAUUUUAUUUAUAUAUAUAUAUAUAUAUGAGUGUGUGUGUGUAUAAAAAUUGGGGGGUGGUUACCUAAGUUUGUCUGGAUGCUAAGAACUAUUGGGGAGUAAGAUCUGGAGUGUCAGAGGUUAACUAUCCCUUGUGUUGGAGGAAGUGAAGCUUUGACAGGACCUGUCUCCUCUCUAGACCUAGCUGAGAUCAGGCUGCACCAUGUCACAUCUCAUAUGUCAUGAUGCAGGAGGCGAGAGAGGAAAAGGAUUGAGCCAAGACUUGGCAUCAGCAGGACGUCCUGUAUUGUUUGACAAACAAUGGAAAAAAAAAUCUUUGAAAAAGAGCAGAUUCUACUAAAGUGAGGAUGUUCAGCUGGGGGGGGGAGGAGAGAGAUGGAAACUUGCAAACUGAUACGUCAUGGGAGAGUGUAUGAAAAGGGGGUCAAGUAGAAAAGGCUCGAGCCUAUAACAGUGUUAUUUACUAAGGUGAGAAUUCAAAGUUAGUUUCACAUUUAAGGCCAAAGUAACUGAGCGGGAAGAGGAUUUUUCUAGUUCGGCUAUUUUGACCUUAAAUUUGAAAUGCCGUUUUACAAUUUAGUUUGCUAUUGCGAUACAAUGAUGGUCUCUUUGUGUUAGAACCUUGUUAAUUUACCCGAUAAGGACCAGACCCCAAUGUAGCAUGAAGUGUUAAAAUGAAUGUAGCACCACCUGAUCACUGCCUCUUGGUGUUCAGGUAGAAUGGGUUAGCUUAGUACAUAGCCCGUUAUUCGGGGACAGGUUGACUCUGCUGGCUGGGGAUGCGGUGUUUCAAAGGUUAAUGCUGGAAACUGCUGAUCUGUUUCUUUGACAAUGGAGUUAGAGCUCCUGAAACUACAUAGAUCACCUGCCUGCCAUGGGAAUUCCUCAAUCACAGAAAAACAAACACACACAUUCCACGUGAAAGGGUUAAUGUGCUGUGCAAGGAUUUAUGUGAUCACCUAAAGUCAAUAAAUCGAGAUUUGGACAUUCAAAAACUAUAAAUUUUCUGAGAACUCGAUGUGCCUUAUCGUAGGUGGACAGAUUUAGUCUUUUAAUUUAAUAAUUUGCCAACUACAAUAAACGUUUUCGUUUAUUCUCGAAACUCCACUGAUAGUGGAUUAAAUGCGAGGCGAUCACCUACCUACCUAGGGGUAACAAUACCACUAUAACAAGCUAACCACUUCACUGUCUCACCUAAGGUAUAUCACAGCACUGAAAAGGUUAACCACAGAGGGUCAUUACUAACAGAACAUUCUAUUGUCUCCUGGUAACCGAGCGUUGUUGUAUGUAACCAAAUCUGGCAACAGUUUCACCCAAUGGAUAGUAGGGGUUGUAGUCCAGCCUUGCAUAAUUUAAAGAGCAAUGACCUGUCCAUACUGUAUGCAUCGCUCAAUGCAGUAUAUUGUCGCUAUAGGGUGAGAUUUGUGAAAUGAAGUUUGCCACUAUUGUAAUAUUGUAUAUAGAAUUUAAUAGAGAACAGUAAGCAGAGAGGCUGCCCACCAGGGACUGACCACUUCAUUCUUUGCUGAAUGUUUGCUAUAUAAGAUCUUGGAACAUGACAGUAUGCUCUGUACAUAUGUGGGCUGCAUUGUCAGAAAUCCCCCUAUUUUCCCCUUAAAGGUUCACUGCACAGCUGGAUCCCCCAGUCUCCAAUGACUGAUCAGUGGGGACCUGUAACGGGAAGCCUGCUGUUCAGAUGGGAGCUUGAAGGACUCCAUGUGGUCUCAUUAUAGGGAGCCUGUUGUCCCAUAUUACACCAGGUUUAAGUGUGUGUAAUUUGUAUUUUUUUUUAUUUUUUUUUGCCUGUUGCACAAAAGGUUUAGACGUGAGGGGGAAAUGUACAAGGCUCUGGCCACAGGAAGCCGCACCCCAAAAAUAGUAACUGGGAAACUAUUUAUGUUAAAAACUAUCCCCACUAAGUGUUGGUUGGAAUUUGCACCUGGAUGCUAUCCAAAUCUUCCCAGGAAACACAAUUCAGAAUAAAGCCCCAACGAAUUGGCUCACUUAGUGGACCCCCUCCUCCCCUUCCACCCAUUACCGGAGUUUGAUUCAGGAAUUUCUUCUGUUGAUUUGAAAUCCAUGUAAAUAAACCCAUAUAUGUCACCAAACAAACAUGCCAGCUGUUUCUUCUCCCUGCCUAAAGACAUUUUCAGCCAAGUUAUUUGUCCUUUAAGAACUUCACAAACGAACUGACCAUGCAGGCUGGCCUUCCGCACCGAGCGGAAUAAGCACGAAAGUAACAAUUCGUUUUGAUUAACAGAAUUAACAGCAAGGAAAUAAUUGUCUGAAAGGGAAAUGGUGAAGAGAAUUGCAAAUCUUAAAAGAAAAAUUCAAAUUUUGGCGAAAUAGAUAAAAUUCAGAAAAUGAAAUCAGCUCUUGGUGGCUUACUGUCUGUGAGUAAUAGGAGUUGCAAUCCAGCAAGGACCUGAGGGGUCAUGGCUGAAGUUAGCAGGCUUGGGGAGGUGUGCAGCCAGCUGCCCCUGAUUUGCAGGUGCAGGAUGUUUCGGGGGCUCUAAGGAUGCCCGCAUUGGUCCCUAUGAGAAAGCUCUUGAAGCAAUCACUAGGCUCACAUUUCACAGCUAAUUGCAGCCACAGAUUGCCAGGUGCAGAACAGUUUUAUAGCUUCAGGGAACUCUGUACUGGAUGAAGGGGGAGAUAUAUCCUGCAAAAAGAAAAAAAACACCUUUCCCACCUCCCCUGGUCUGAGCCUACACAGCAGAAAUGACUUUCUGGGAGUUUAGCAGAAGUUCCUAAUGGAUGAAGGUGGAGAGGAAAAGGGGAUCUAUUUCUUAAAUAUGUUGGGUGAAGCCCAUCCCCACGGAAUAGCUCUUUAAAAAGACAAGUACACGGUUACCAUCCACCUUAAUAUGUGCUCCACACCCUGCACUUUAAAGUGAUGGAUUGUUUAGACAGAGUAAGUGGGUUUACAUUUGAAAUCGUAUUAGUGCCUUAUCUUCAUCACUCCAGGGUCUGUGUGUUCAGUCAUUUUUGCAGCUAAUCUAUUUGAAAAGCAAUCCAGUCAAACGCCAGAGACUCAAAUUCUAGAACACCCAUCACUCCAUUUCAUAUCCAGAUCAUUGUGCUUCAUUGUCCCAGAACUGGACAUAACGAAAUCGAUCUAAUUAAGUUGUCAAUUAUAGUCAUUUAAUAAAGUCUGGUAGAGGGACACAGAGGAUCUUGGGCUACAGACAUUUAGCUAGAAGUAGACUUGCCAGAUGUUUUCCAGAACACACAACUACUGACUUACAGUACAUGAAAAGUGCUACCCAGAAUUAUGACAAGUCAUGGUGAUAAUAUACUGACCAAGGCAUUGAUUUAGGAUUCAUCAGUGAUUUCAUGUAUAUAGUGCAGCAUGUGAGGCAUAGCACACAGCAGCACUUUUCAUGUACAGCCCAUAAGCAUGUAGAUUUAACAUCUGUGUAAAAUGAUAACCCUAACUAGCAACAGCUAGCCUAUUGACCAUCUGUGUAACAACCACAUAAUGGGGACUUAGGUACCCCUAAAAUGAGUAACAAAUGUAUCCUUCCACCAUUAUUUUUAAUGUAUACAGCUGCAUUCAUAUGCCAUUAAUUAAUAACAUAAACAGGGAGUAGCAAGUUUGCCUUCUUAGCAGACUUCAAGCCAGAUGGAUUUUGUCAAAAUUUGAACUUGUAAGUAAAGUAAUAUACAAUCCGCUGCUUGAUCACCAAAAAUUACAUCUCCCCCCUAGUAUAACAUCACAAUACUAUGUUAUUAACUUUGUGAAUGCAAGAGGUGAGUCUAACUUCUGGUACUCGGAGAGUUAACACAAACUAUCACAGCUGCACUCCAGAUAUCAUUGACUACAAGUCACACUAGAUUCAGUAUGUUGGUAAAUGCAGUUCACCCAUAUAUGUCCCUUUAAACCUUUAGCUGUAUAUUUCUCACCCCUCUGGGGCAAUGGCAUGAUGCAUUAAUGGCCUGUUGGGCCUCCUGGGCUCUGGGACCCCAUAUGUGUCUUAUCUUUACCCUUCAGCAGAAACACCCUGCAAUGCUCCUCAGUGGGUGUGUGAUUUGUGUAUAAUCAAAUUCCGAUAAUUAUUAUACAUACCUACAAGCACAUUACUCACACAAGUCCCAGCUCAGCAAAAUGCACGCCUUUGAUGACCUAGACAUUUAAAAAACAUUACAGCUCCCUUUGCUAAGGCACAUGACCAAGAAACCAGACAGUGUUUUUUUGUACAUUAUCUACUUAUUUUUUUUUUCCUUAAGUGAAUGUAUUUAUUGCAUGUCCAUGCAUUUCUAAUUUCACAAGUCUGUAUAAAAUGCUUUGGUUGGAAUCUGUUUUUUGUAAGUUUUGUUUUUUUUAUAAACAAUGUGUGUUAAGAAUUAAUUUGAAAAAGUCUUCAAAUUUUCUAUACUCUGAUAAAAACAAG